AUGUGCUCCCUCAGGAACGUGGCCACUCGGAGGGCGCCUUGGCGGCCACUCUAGCCGUGGUCCCAUGAUUUCAGCUGGCUCUAUGUCUGCAAACUCUCUAUGGUGUUGGCAACAACAUGUGGCGCCUCCCAGGGUUCCUGGGCCGAGCACUUCCCCGCCUGCUGGGGCCUGGCCUCAGGGGUGUGAACCCCAAGUCCGUAAGCCCAGAUGGACCUCAGACUACUUCCUCUGCCCUCCUGGCCCCUGCGCCCAACUUUGACAGGUCAGGCCCCCAUGGCUCAAGCCUAGGUACAAGCCGGGGUCCAAGAUGCCAUGGAUGGAAAGAUGCCUUCCAGUGGAUGUCUGCUCGUGUCUCUCCAAACGCCCUGUGGGAUGCCAUAUCAUGGGGUGCUCUGACGGUGCUAGCCCUGCAGCUGGCAAGGCAGAUCCACUACCAGGCUUUCCAGCCGACAGGACCUCUGCGGGCCGAGCACUGCUCCUGGCGCAGCCCUCUGGUCCGCUUCCUCUCAUCUCCCUUGUGGCACCAGUGCUCCUCCCUUCGGAGACAUAUUCUUCCCAGCCCUAACAGCCCUGCUUCCAGACACCCAGAGCCCAGAGAAGCCAGGCUGGGGCAGGAAGAGCCCUUCACACAGCCUGAAAGCCCCUCGUCACACAGCUCCUUGAGAGCAGCUAGGCUGCACGAGCCCUCUGAGGAAGAUCUUGGUGAUAUCAGCUUCCUGUGUGCCAGUAGUGACUUUGCAGACAAGGCAAAGCCAGCCCAACCUCAGCCCACAGGCAAAAAGCAGGAACAAGAGAAGGCAAAAACUGUUUCCCUCGAGGAAGCUGUAGCUUCCAUCCAGCAGCUCUUCCAGCUCAGCAUUUCCAUCGCAUUCAACUUCCUGGGGACAGAGAGCAUGAAGAAUGGGGACUACACAGCAGCCUUUUCAUACUUCCAGAAAGCAGCAGACCGUGGCUACAGCAAAGCACAGUACAACGUGGGCCUGUGCUAUGAGCACGGCAGAGGCACCCCCAGGGACCUCCUCAAGGCAGUCAUUUCUUACCAGUUGGCCGCCAGCCAGGGCCACAUUCUGUCUCAGUACCGCUAUGCCAGGUGCCUGCUGCAGGAGCCAGCCUCUGUGGGGGACCCUGAGUGUCAGAGGGCAGUGACAGUGCUGAAACAGGCAGCAGACUCAGGCCUGAGAGAGGCCCAGGCUUUCCUCGGCGUGCUUUUCACCAAGGAACCACAUCUGGAUGAGCGCAAAGCGGUGAAAUACCUGUGGCUUGCAGCCAGCAAUGGGGACUCGCAGAGCAUGUAUCAUUUGGGAAUCUGCUAUGAGAAGGGCCUUGGUGUGCAAAGAAGCCUGGGAGAGGCUGUGAGAUGUUACCAGCGAUCAGCAGCUCUGGGCAAUGAGCCAGCCCGGGAGAGACUACAGACCGUAUUUUCCGUGGAGGUUGCAGCCCUGAGGCCCAGUGACUUGGCAGUUUCUGGUCUGAAGUCCUUCUCCAGCCCCUCCCUCCGCAGCCUGAACACCCUACUGGCAGGAGCCUCGGACCUGCCCCACGCUGCCAGCACAGGGAACCUUGGCCUCCUCUGCAAAAGCGUGCGACCUGGAGGCGAGCUUGGAGCCCCCAACAGGGCCCUCCCCAUGCAAAGGAGUCUUGUCAGCCUAGGUUUUGGCUAAAGACCUCACUUCAGCCCUAAUGAGGGAGCUUGUGGGCUACCACGGAAGAGACCAGUUACCCCCCCUAGUGACCUUCCUUACCUGCCCCACACAACAAAGAAGAGAAAAGUGUGUGAAGACUCCACUCUGGUCCUGGCCCCUGGGAGCUUCGACUUGACUGACUGUAUUGUCUUCUCAGUUGUAAACCAAGGACCAUGUUGUCUGCCUUCCUAUACUGCUGGGGGCAUGCUACUGUGGAAGGGACUCUGGCACUCCCUUCAGCCCUUGGAGGCAGAAAGAUGCCAGGCAUUAGGACUGAGUCACCGACCCAGGUGAGGUCCUACAACUCCUGACCUGGGGCUCUUGCAUUGGUUCACGCUGUGUUUUUAAUGUGGAAGCGUUGCUACCAUCCAGCUGAUGGGAGGGAGCGUGUGGAGGUGUGCACCUGGAGUCUUGGAGCAGGAGAGUGUGGAUUCCCAGAGCCUUGCUUGUGAAGGGUGUGCCAGGAAAGCAUGGGAGUGUAAUAAAAGAGCUAUUGGAUUAUCUCA